AUGGCUUCCGGAAUUGACCUGGAUCCUGCCUUGGCUCCUCAUGGUGUGGAUCAAGCGGUUGAAUUGGGCGAGUACUUGGCCACACUUCCAAAAGAUGAACAACCUGAGUUUAUUCUUUCUUCUCCAUUUUACCGCUGUGUGGAAUCAGCUAGGCCUUUUGCUGAAAAACUGGGCCUUAAAGUCCAUCUAGAUAGGGGAAUUGGUGAAUGGUUCAAGAAAGAUAGAGGUGUGGUUCCUGUUCCUGGUGACUACAAGAAAUUGGGCGAGUUCUUUGCUGAAGUUUUGGGCGAGCCAAGCACCUGGGACUCUGACAGUGGCGUUAUUCCUCAUAACCAGGGCGAAAGCGAAGAGGACGUGCUUGAGAGAUCCCACAAGUUUUGGAGCUCCUUCAUCCCAGCUUUCGAGAAGAAACACCCAGAUGUCACUAGAGUUCUUCUUGUGAACCACGCUGCCACAAAGAUUGCUUUGGGUAUGGCUCUUUUGGGCCACAAGUCCCUUUACGACGAGAUAGACUUCAAAGGAAUAAAGACUAGAUUGAGAGCAGGCGCAUGCUCGUUAGAUAAGUUCGAGAGAGACAAUGACCACUGGAUAAUGUUGGAGAAUGGUAAAACUGACUUCUUGAAGGAUGGUGAAGAAAUGAAUUGGAACUUUGACGUGAAAGUGGAGGCAGGUUCCGACGAGGAUAUGAAGAGGAGAGCCGAGGAAGCGAAGCAAAAGCAAGGCACCGAGAAUCCUUCAAAACCUGAGAAAGAGCCAUUGGAGUACGAGGAUGUGUAUGUUGCAGUUGAUGUUCCAAUUGUGGCUCCGUCAUACUAUGACGACAGCGGCGACAGCCGGGAGCUUAGUGAACAGCUUUUUAUCAACCCCAAUGCCAAGUUCCAGCUAACUGGGAUUGAAGAAGAUCGACCCUUGUUUAAGAUAAGUGACAAUCUGGUCGCAGGGGCAGAUGCCGAGUCAGCUUCCUUCAGUAACCUGAAUGCAAUCGAUGGACAAAUAUAUCAAGCACAUUGGAAGAAACUACUAGGGACAGAACUUAUCUUCGAUGAUGAAGGAGCGGUGAUUGGUACCGUUAGAGAGCAUUUGGUGGCAGAGCCUUCGAACAAGGCUCGGAAAAAGCCUAGCAACUCUGGUGGUGAUAAAGGUGAUGCUAUGGAUGUCGAUUCUGAUAGCGAAAGAGAAAAGGUUGACACGAGGACAGCUUUCUUGAAGAGUGCCAUUGCUACCGCCAGGUCCAAGGCGAUGUCUGGAUAG